GCAACAAACAUGGGUCCUUCUAAGUUCUUAGUUGCAAAGUUAGCUUACAUGCUAACAAAGCGUAACUAAGGUGAUGUCUUCUACGAGAAUUCCGUUAAAUCGAGUCUAAUAAAUAAUUAUUAUCACAUAUUAUCCCCUUAAGUACGUAGUAUUCGUUCAAUUAGUUAUGCUGUUGGUAUCUGAUUUGAUUGACUGAUUCGAAGAUGGAUGGCUGUCCUCCAGUAACUGAUGGAGAUCCUACAAAACAACAACAACGACAUUACUACCUUUUGUCAGAGCUACAGAUCUUAGCAAAAGAAUUACCGAGCUCUUUCCAACAACGCCUGUCCUACAACACACUGGGUGAUUUGGCACUGGCCCUCAUUGAUGGAACAGUUUAUGAGAUUGUGCAGGGACUCCUUGACAUUCAGCACCUGACAGAGAGAAAUCUCUACAGCCAAAGACAAAAGUUGCACUGUGAGCACCAAGCCCUCAAGCAAGAUAUAGCAAGGAAGCACAAAGAAUCCCUGCAGUCAUGCAAGUCUCACAACCUGGCAUUGCUCAGAUCAAAUCAGCAAGCAGAACAGGAGGCCCUGGAAAUUCGUGUGCGAGAAGAACAAAGAAUGAUGGAUAAGAAGAUAGUGUCCGAGAUUGACCAAAAAGUUACAGACCAACAGAAUACUCUGGAAAAGGCUGGAGUUCCUGGGUUUUUUAUCACCUCAAAUCCCCAGGAGCUGACUAUGCAAAUGAACUUACUUGAGUUAAUUCUGAAGCUUCAACAGAAGGAAUCUCAGUGUGGAUAUCUAUGAAAAUGAUGUUGGUGUCUUUGGGAAAACUUCUACCAAUAUCCAGAAAACAUUUAAACUGAAGUUAAAAAGACUUGGACCAGCCAUUUGUGGAUUUGUUGUAUCUAGAUUUAGAAUGGGAGAGUGUCACUGAGACAUAUUUUGGUUGUAUACUCAAUUUGAAUAAUAUUUAAGACCUUCUUUCCCUUCUGGUGAUUACCAUUUGCCUCUUUGUGCAUUUUGUUGUUUCUUUAGAUUUUGGUACAUAUGCAUCCAACUUAAAGAGUAGUUGGAUAUGGCUGAUAACCUUCAAACUAUAUUUUUUUUACUACGUAUGGAUGAUUGAAAAAAGGUUGUGUUUUUUGUGUGAAUAUUAAAUCUUUAUUCUCAACAUAAUCAAAUGUAGAAUCAAAUGUGUCAAAUACUGAAUUUUUGAGGCCUUAAAGUUAGAGCGUAAUAUACACUUUUAACUGUAUGCCAACAGCUACUCAAUGCUAGUAGGGACAAAAUGUUGCUGGGAAUAGCUUUUACAGGUAAGUAUAUUUUGUGCACAUAAUUUCUUUCUCAAAUGUUCUGUACCAUUAGCAAUAAGAAAUGCUUGGAAGUCUCCCUGAUUUCUCUAAUGACUUUCAGGUCAGUUUUUGCCAUAUAGCUUCAAGUAGGCUUAUGCUUGACAUGUUAAAAAGUGCAACUUGUUUGUGCCAAUUUUUGCCCAUUCAUUUACCAUUUUUGCUCAGCUUCUCCACUGAUUACUUUACACAUAUAACAGCUUUCUGGCUCCCAAUUUGACUUCACCUAUCAUUUGUAUAAAUGGAGAUAUCCGUGCUAUUUGUUAGCAUCAUCACUGCAGUACAAAACACCUUUGCAGUAAGCAUCCAUGAUAGCCAAUACUUUUGUUCACAACGUGAAAAAGGGAUGCAUUUUAAAG